AUGGCGUACAAGAUUCUCAUCAAUGAGAGAUUUGGUGCCAAGGUUCUUUCUUUUUCAAAGUUAUAUGAAACAAUAAGCGAUAUCAAGAGUAAGCUGAGCGAAGAUCAGCUGACUUUGUUUAGGGGAAGCUGUUUUGGUGCUUUCUUACAACUGAAAAACAUUAAAUGGGCUCCACAGAUUGUACACCAACUCCUCCUUCGGCAAAUACAAUCAAAAGAGGAUGAAAAGAAAGGGAAGUUGGUGUUUUUGAUUGGUGGAAAAGAAUCUAGUUUUUCAAUAAGGGAAUUUAACCUCAUAACUGAACUGAGGUGUCACUCCCUACCAGGCAUCUCAUUAUAUUUGAAAGAGAUGGAGAAGUCUGGUGAACCUAGGGUGGGCUUGCAGAAUAAGUAUUUCAAUGGAAGCUCUCAUAUUUCAUGCCAAGAGUUACAAAGGACUUUUAUGCACUGUCAAGAUCCAGAAGAUGUCUUUAAGUUGGCACUUGUAUAUUUUAUUGAGUAUGUACUCUUAGGUAGAGACGUGAAGCUGCUGAUUGAUGUUGAUUUCUUGAAUCUAGUUGAUUAUGUUGAUAUGUUCAACAAGUACCCAUGA